UGACAGACGAGGAAUUGGCGAUCAUAGUUUUCUUUCCAUUUCCACAUGUGAUUUUGUGCUUUUUACUAACAGUUUUUUCUGUUAUUACUAAAUUCUGUGAAUAUAGGCCCUAAAUUUGUUGGGACAUAGAAUAACAUAUACUUACAAGAUGCAGAAAAUGAAAAGAAAAAUCGGGGAAGGCGACACUCCUUCCCCCAAAAAAAAGAAAGUUCAAUUCACAGAAGGUGCGAAGGAUAAUAAAUCUAAAACCGCAGAAAAGAAUAUUAAGAAACCAAAAAAUGCAGAAGCGAAACAGAACUCAGACUCGUUCAAGAAAGACUUUCAGAUUGCUUCUAAGAAAGAUUUCAAAAACAGUCCUAAGAAAGAUUUCAAGAGUGGACCUAAGAAAGAUUUCAAAGGGCCUAAGAAAGAUUUCAAGAAAGGAAAGCCAGGUGAUAAAUUUAAUAAAUUUGGAAAAGUCAAGGGGAAUUUCGGCAAAGGAGCAAACAAUAAGUUUGUCAAAGAUCAGAACAGUGGUGAGAAGCCAAAAUGGUCAGAGAUGAAGAAGGAAAAAAAGCAGCUUCGUCUGGUGAGACGUAAAGCUAAGACUUCCGCUGAAGUGUUUGAGAUUGCCAAUAAGGCAAAGCUGCUUGCUGCCCAGAUUCAGAGGAAAGUAGUAAAGCCAGACUUCCGCUUAAGCACCUGCAAGGAGCUUCACACGCUACUCAAAGGCCAAUACAAAGCCAUAGCCCUCACCCACGACCUGAGCCGAGUCAUCCAAGUGCUUCUCAAGCACAGCGCAGAAGACAUCAGGAACGAAAUAACUGAAGAACUCCUCGAUCUCAUGGUUCCUAUGGUGCAGUCGAAAUAUGGUCACCAUGCUGUGAAAAGAAUACUGAAAUAUGGAUCAGAUAGUAUUCGUCAUAAAGUUAUUAAUAAGUUCUUUGGACAUAUUGUCUCGUUGGCUACGCAUACUGUUAGUGCGCCCGUAUUGGACUAUGCGUAUGGCGAGUUUGCGUCUAAGAAGGAAAAGGAACAUAUGCAGCAGGAGUUUUAUGGUGACAUAUACAAAAAUACGAAGGACAACAAGGUGCAUACCCUCAGUGACACAUAUAAGGACAGCCCGGAGAUGAAGACAGCCAUCCUGCAGUCCUGCCAAGCCAACAUUCAGAAGAUCUUGAACAAGAAUCUGCAUGAUGGAGAAUUGCUCCAUUCCGUGCUAUACGAUUACAUCCGAGAAUGCAGCGACGAGGAACGAACGGAACUAUUGACAACACUCGCGCCGCUCAUAGUGCCGCUCAGCAACUCCCUGCCCGGCGCCAAUGCGGCCAGCAUCUGUGUGUGGCAGGGCUCCAACAAGGACAAGAAGACUAUCCUGAAAGUGGUGAAAGAGCACGCAGUGGCCCUAGCAAAGCAUAAAACUGGCUACCGUCUACUUCUGGCCAUCUUCGACGCCGUGGACGACACGGUGCUCGUGCGGAAAGCCAUCGUGUCGGCCCUGCAGCCCCACGUGCGCGACCUGGCGAGGGACCACUGGGGAAACAUGACGCUCCACUGGCUAGUGAAGCCCAAGGACCCGGGCGCGUUCCACCCGAGCCUCAUCAAGUUCCUGGAGGAAGGCUUCCGGAGCGGCACCUCAAAGAAAGACUCCGCCAUUCGAGUCGCAGAGUUACGGGAAGCCAUCUUGCCGGCGCUUGUGAAAGAUAUUGGAUCUGAUCCGGAGUUCUGGGUCAGCGAGAAGACGAUUAUGCUGUUAGCUGUAGCUGUACUUUCGAUAGAAUCCGCGGAGGACAUGGUAUCAGCGCUGGCGGGCGCGGUGUGCCGCCCCGACUGGGCCGCGGGCGGCGCGCGGGCGGUGGAGGACGCCGGCCUGCACAUGUGCCUCAAGAAGCUGGCCGCGCUCGACCAGACUAGGGAUGGGGGGACAUUGGGGGAGGCGGUGUGCGAUCGGCUUACUGAAGAUACGAUCAGAGUGUGGCUGCCCACCAACCGCGGCUGCUUCUUCCUUCUGAAGCUGAUCGAGAGCAACCGGCCAGAAGUAGCCAGCAGGAUCAAGAAGACGCUCAAACCACACGUGGAACUAUUGAAGAAGCAGAAUACAGAAGGCGCUAAGCUGCUGUUACAGAAUGUUCAGAGUAAAUAAAAUAAGUCUGGUUUA